AUGCCACCGAAACGCAAAGCACCCUCAUCUGCUGCUGGCGGAAGCAGCAGCAGCAGAAAAUCCACCAAAUCACGCAAACCUCAACCGCAACGCAAGGCACCCAAAAUUGCCUCCCCCUUGGACAUGUUCAUCCGUCGAUCCGACGACGAAGCCGAUUCCGACGACGACGACACACCCACUCCUCUCCAACAGCAACUCGUGACUCGAAGCGCUCAAGACGAGUACGAGCCCGAAUCCGACGAAGCAUCACACAUCUCUUCCGGUGAGGAGCAAGAGGAUAGCGAAGAAGAACAUGUGCCCCGAGUCAAGACUGUUGCAGCGACAAAUCUGGCGUUCCUGGAGGGACUUGAUAAGAACAAGUCGCUCGCAGUGUCGCAGAAGGAUGCGAAGCAGAAGGCGAAGGAGUUGAAGAGGAGCGAUAGGAGGGAGUUUGAGGAAGAGCGGAGGAGGAGAGGUGCCGAGGAGAAGGAGAGGUUGAAGAAGGCCUUGGAAGAGUUUGAGGAGGAAGAAGAUGAGUUUUCGGACGAGGACUUUUCGGAGGACGACGAGGAAGACGAUAUGGCGAGAAUCGGAAGGAAGCAGAAUUACCAAGAGUAUAGUGAUGUUUCCGAGGGAGAGGAGGUGGGUGGUUCAUCGGACGAAGAAACCGCGCCGGUGAAGAAGACCAUCAAGACCACGAAGAGGAAAGCUGCCGAUGAGGAGGAGGAUGCGGAAGCGGUGUACAUGGCACGGUUGGGGAAGAGGAAGGCGAGGGAGCAGUACGAGGGAGAGUUGGAAAGGCAGAAGAGGGUGAACGCCAAGUUGCCCGUCAGAAAGCUCGAUGGAGAGGUAUCGGAGGAUGACGAUUUGGAUAGCAGUGACCAGGACCUCGACGACGACGAUCAAGAGCAAGAUGAGUUCCGACAGGACUCCGAGCCGGAAGGCCUAGGCUCGUCAGACGAAGACGAUCUGUCCACAAAACCAUCCCAACGAUCCAGUCGAGCAGUCCACGCUCCGCUGCCCACCAAUACCGCCUCCGAUCCAGCCUCGGACCUGCCCGUCACCACGGCCACCCCAACCACGCUCUCCUCCAUCACCCACUCCUCUCGCUUCAACCUCACCGCCCCCUACGAAAUCCUCCUCACCUCGCACCCCUGUCGCCUGCCCCCACCUCCCGCCUCCACCUCCACCAAAUCUUCCCGCUCCUACACCCGCACCGUCCUGCAACCCGCCGCGCAACGAACGCUCCUCCUCGCGCGCAACCAGAUCGCCUCGCUCGCCUCCCAGAUCAUCUCCGACCCGGAGGUCAACCUCGGUCUGCUCCGACGUCUCUCGGUCUUUGCCUCCGCGACCGUCAGCGCCCCACCCGAGAAGAUACCCGAGAUUCGUCUCGAGCAAUCCGCUGCCAAAGCCGAGGGUCGACCGCAUACUGCGCGACCAACUUCGAUUCCGGUGCCGGUGGGGGUGAGGCAGAUGGCGAUGCUGUCGAUGCUGGCGGUGUUCCUGGAUGUACUGCCGGGUUACAGGAUCAGGAGCUUGACGGAGAAAGAGAGGGAGGAGAAGGUCGGGCAGGAGGUGGCGAGACGCAGGGAGUUCGAGAGCGGACUGGUGGAGGUGUACAAGGCGUUUUUGCAGAUGUGCGAGGCCGAGAUCAAGACUUCUUCCGCUCCCGGGACAAAGACCGGGUCGACGGUGUUGGAAGUAGCUGCGAUUAAGGUGUUCACCACCCUCGCUACGCGUGCGGUGCACUUCAACUUCCGCACCAACAUCCUCGGCGUCGUUGUCGCAAGAAUGUCCCGCCGUACGUGGAAGGCGGAAGAGGAGGAUUGCUACCAAGCCAUCUGCACGGUCGUCAAGGAAGACCUGACGGGGGAAGUCGGGCUGGAAGUGGUACGGUUGAUCCACCGGAUGACCAAGGAGAGGCGGUACAAGGUGAACAGCAGGGUGUUGGAUGUGUUGCUGUUCCUGCGCUUGAAGGAUGAACUGGGAAACAAGCGGUCCAGCACGACCACGUCUACGGAUCCGGACGCGGAGGCGGAGAAGGAGAGGAGAGAGUACGCGGAGCGCAAGGCGCAAAUGAAGGCACGCGAAGGCAAAGGGAAAAAGGGUGGAGGCAAAGGUGUCACCUCGAAAGAAGUUCGAAAGGGUCUCGCAACGCAUCUCAGCAAGAAGCAGGUCAAGAAGCAGCGCCAACUGCGCGAGAUCGAGGACGAGAUGAAGGAGGCAGAGGCGACGGUGGAUCUGGCCGAGAGGGAGAGGAACCAGACCGAGACGUUGAAGCUCGUCUUUGUGCUGUACUUCACCGUGCUCAAGCGGGAGGUGGGGGAGGUGGGGUUGGGUGUGCUGGAGAGUACGUUGAAGGGGUUGAGUAUGUACGCGCACCGGGUGAAUGUGGAUUUCUUCCGGGAUCUGUUGGCGGUGCUGAAGAAGCACGUUGCGGUCAACGCUGCGUUGUUGGAGGAGGAAUCUGGAGCGAUGGAAAGCGAUGCGGAGGGAUCGGAUGACGACGAUGACGAAGCGGAUAACGUGCUACUGGAUCAAACAACGCUCACCCGCACCAUCCGCCACAUCAUCCUCGCGCUCAAGACGAUCUUCGACCUCUUCCUCGGUCAGAUCGAAGGCUCCAUCCUCAACCUCGACCUUACCGAUGUCCUCUCGCACUUCUACUACACGCUGUUCCACCUUCCGUUCGUAUCCGAAUCGCACCUGCUCGUCACCGCUUCGUCGGCGUCGAUCGUCGAUCUGGCGCUCGACUCGCUCUACUCGAUCCUCAUCAAGUCCCGCACGCGCUUCUCGCCGCACAUCCUGGCUGCGUUCGCCAAACGUCUCGCCAUCGUCACGCUGCACCUCCCCGUCAGCUCGACGUCCGGUCCGCGCAAGGUUUUGGGGUUGAUCGCCCACCUGCUGACGAAACAGUCGACCUCGGCGAGCGCAGAUAGCCAGCUGGCACUGCUGGAUCUGGAAGACAGAAGUCGAAACGGACACUACCAGGCCUUGGGCAAGAACCUCGCUACAAGUGGAGUGUUGGAGAGCGGUCAGACGGUGCUGUGGGAGCUGUGCCAGCUGACGAGGAUGGGGAGCGACGAGUUGGGAGAGGAAGCGGAACGCGUUUGGAGGCUGAAGGAUUCCCAGCAGUAG